CGCAGAGGAAAUAGACGCCGCUUCAAUAUGCGUCACAGCUUUAAUUGAGUUCGGUUUAAUUUAGAAACGCUUGGUUAAGACAAGAGAACCACCGUAAGUAAACGGUCCAGUAAUUUUAACAAUUUUGAAAAGAAAAGAAAAGAAAAAACACUAUUCAAUAUCUCUCUCGAGAGAGAAAGGGUUUCCUUCUACAGAGAUAUAUCUUCUUGGCCUUCCCCUACCUCCUCUCUUCUUCGUAUUCUCGCGACUGACAAGAUGAGCAGCAGCAGCAAGGUCAGCCUCGGCGGCGGCGGAGGGAGAAAUGAUAUUCCGUCUGGGUGUAGAAAAAUAGUGCAGAGCUUGAAGGAGAUUGUAAACUCCCCUGAGGCUGAGAUCUACGCUAUGCUCAAAGAGUGUAAUAUGGAUCCUAACGAAGCCGUUCAUCGCCUCCUCUCUCAAGAUCCUUUUCACGAGGUGAAGAGCAAAAAAGAAAAGAAGAAAGAGACAAGGGAUAUACCGGAUUCCCGGCUGCGUGGUACUUAUAACACAUACAACCGUGGUGGUAGAGGUGCUUCUGAUCGUUAUACUGGAUCUAGCCAUUUCAGCUCUACUGGUUCUGGAAACUUCCAGGGGAAAUCUACAGACAAGAAAAAGAGUGGAACCCAGGGUCACGCAGGUUCUUGGUCUUCUGCCUCUGGAGUGGCAAACCACCAUCAGACACCACACAGUGAUUCUGUUGUCACAGAAAACAAAUUACCAUCUGCUCCCUCUGGCGAUGGAAUAUCAUCAUCACAGUCUGCUUCUGGACAUCAAACUGCCUGGUUCGGAGCUCCAGGCAAGAUGUCUAUGGCUGACAUUGUGAAGAUGGGCAGACCACAGAACAAGACAAAAAACUUACAACAAAAUGUCAAUACACACUCUGAGAUUAAUCACGAGAAUGAAGCUAAUGCAAAUCACCAGGUCCCUGUCAAAGACGAAUGGCCAUCGAUUGAAAAGCCACAGGCUCCUAAUACAUCUUCUGUAUCGGUAGCACCAGUAGAGUCAGAGAUCUGCAGUAGUCCAGCUGAUCUCCAAUCCGAUAGAGUAGAUCAGCAUCUGAGUGACCGGUUAGGAGAUAUACAUUUAGCUGAAAAUGGCCCUUCUGAGAAUCUUGGAGUCGAUCAUGUGCAGCAUGACUCGGUUAAUGGUAGAAAUGUCCAAGAAGAUGACUCUGGAGUUUCGUCUGAAUUUAAAGAUAAUCAGUACACAUAUCAGACGCAGAGCCAUCCUGUAGAGCACCACAAAGAUGAAGAUGAGGUUUCAUCUGGUUCGGCGGAGUUGCAACAACUAACCGUAGAUGAUCAAGAAGCCUCGCAUGAAGAGGAUAGACCUGCUGUUCUUAUUCCAAAUCAUUUACUGAUCCAUACAAAAGAAUGCUCCCAAUUAAGUUUUGGAAGUUUUGGAUCAAUGACUUUGAGCAACAACGCAGAAGAGACUCCUGAUGUAGCUCAACAGGUCGAACAUUCAGAUGCUAGAAAUACUGAGUUCUAUGGAGAUGAACAUCUUGGAAGUACAGCUAAUGGAAAUAUGGGCCACGCACCUGCCGCUGGAAACUAUGAUGAUUCUUUGGAAUCUAGGCCAGAGGUUCUGAAACAAGAAAACUCCGAGACUGCUCAGGAGAACCAGUACGCAUUUGCUCAGUCUGAGCCAGGGUAUGCGAAGCAGCAGCUGAAUACUGCAUAUGAUGCCUCACAGAUAAAUGCACAGAAUCAAAUGCAGAAUCUUGCUUCGUUAUCGAAUGUGAUGCAGGGGUAUCCACACUCAGUUCCCAACAGUUUAUUGGCACAAAAUGCGAGGGAGCUUGAAAUCCAAUAUGCUAUGCAGUCAAGAAACAACAACAAUGCUUCAUCACUUGGUGGCCAAAGCAUUCCCAUGCCAGAGGCGCUCCGAGGCAGUGGAGUUCCAGCAACGCAGCAAACCCAGCAAACCUUACCCGGUGCUAACAUGGCAACUGGAACAGCUCUUCCGCAACAGCUUCCAAUGCAUCCUUACUCUCAACCCACAAUCCCGCUAGCACACUUUGCAAACAUGCUUGGUUAUCCUCCAAUGCCUCAGAACUAUCCAUACAUGCCAUCAGCUUUCCCUCAAACGUUUGCUGGUAACAGCUUAUACCAGCAGCAACUAGCUGCUUUGCUUCCCCAGUACAAGACUAAUCUCUCUCCCAGUAAUUUGCCUCACUCUGCAACAGCUCUUAAUGUUGGAUCCGCUGGAAACUUCCCUCUUAACCAACAGUCUGCUCCUCCCGGUACAACUAUGGGUUAUGAAGAUGCUCAAUACAAAGAGAGUAAUCAUCUCUUGGCACCUCAGCAGCAGAACGAAAACUCGGCAAUGUGGCAUCACGGUCAUGGUUCUCGAACCAUGUCUGGUGUUCCGGCUAACACUUACUACAACCUCCAAGCACAACAACAACAACAACUACGUCAAGCUCAGCAACAACAGCAUUAUGGAUCUCACGGCUACCCUAAUUACUAUCAGUCCCAAACAGAAGUGUCGCACGAGCGCCAGCAGCAAAACCCUAGAGACGGUGCAGGGGCUCAGGCUGGUCAGCCCUCGAACCAAACCCAGCAGCUCUGGCAAAACUCUUACUAAAUAAAGAAAGUGAGUUUGUUUUAAUCAGCUUCUUUCGGUUAUAGAGAGGUUUGUGUGUCGACUGUCGAGGCAUGGAUAUGUUCUGAAUGUAUUUACUUUACUACCAUCAUCAUCCUUUUGCCUCCUCUAUUAACUUAGGGAACACGCAAUUCCUAUUUCAUCAAUGCAACUUAUAGAAAUGGAAAUUUUUCUUAAUCUGCC